AUGGGUCUCAUAGAGCCCCUGCGCGAGGUCCACAUCGCAGGUCCAGGCGGUAUAGUGGUCGCUGACAUGGACACGCUCGCCGUGAAGCAGGUCGUCAACACCUCCACGUUGCUCCGGCUCGCCGAUGCGGACCACACCGGAGUUACGAUAGGGACGGAGGGGGUGGUCUGCACUUCGAGCAACUUCCUCCCCAAUAAUGGCCGCCCUGUGUGGGUGGUGUCGAUAAGGGGUGCCGGAGUGUUCGUGCCCGACAUAGGAAUUUAUUCCUUCGACGCCGUGUCUUGGCGGCUCGUCGCGGCACACUCUCCGCUCGAAAACCGUGUGUGGCUUCCCAUCGAAGCGUCGGAUUCGCGGCUGGUCAUGGACGGCGGAGAUGUAGAAAGGUCUCGCUUUCAGUAUCGGGUCCUCUAUGACACCAAGACGGGUUUCGACGCCUAUCCUGUUCCCAUCACGCAAGUCCUCCAGACAACAGCACCCUCGGAGUCGGCCCCGCAGUUGGUGUUUGGCAUUAACAACCUGAACUCCUCCACCGGUGUUGCGGCAUUCACAGCGCUGAACUUCACGGCCUGCACCUCUCUCUGCCCAUGGCCACCCGGAUGCGUCCUGCAGCAGCCGAAGGUCAACCUGGCCGCGGCCUGCUCACCCAAUAGCUUCGAGUCGACACAUUACUACUGGUACAACUUGUACUGGGGACCCUUCAGCCCGUCCAUGUUCGGGAUGAUGGUCACCUUCGCCUCCGCGGAUGACUCAACCCACAUCUGCCUUGCGGACGUGGAUCCGGCAAAGGGAUACAGCGUUGUGGCGGCAACGACAUCAAAGCUUCCCAGCAAUGUGGACCGUAGAUUCGCAUGGAGCGUCGAGGCGUUUGGUGAUUCCGGGCGUCGUCGGCUAGCAUCCGUCAUAGGCUUCUAUCCGCCGCAUGCUGUGUCUGCGGACGCGUCGGCCUGGUUCUUCGUCAAUCGCGACUACAACGGGCUAUUCAUCAGCAUCGCCUGA